AUGUCCAGAGAAGAAACUAGACAAGCAUCACAAGUUGUCAGAAGUUCAGAUCACCAUUAUCAGGGCGAGUAACAAUACUUGAAACUAGAGAAUUACCAGGUUCCACCUCUUAGUGGUGUCAAAGAACUCCGGCGAAGAGUCCAACAGGUGGGAUGUAUCAUAAUCACCAGAGUCACGCAAAGAACAUCCAUUCUUCUUCUUCCAGAAUGCCGAUUCCUUCUGAGAGGCAUUUGUUCCUUCAAAGUGGAAAUGGGUCUGGAGAUUCUGGACUUGUACUUUCAACUGAUGCUAAACCCAGAUUGAAAUGGACACCAGAUCUUCAUGCCCGAUUUAUUGAAGCAGUCAAUCAGCUAGGAGGAGCUGACAAGGCAACUCCAAAAACAGUAAUGAAACUCAUGGGAAUUCCGGGGCUUACUUUAUAUCAUCUUAAGAGCCAUCUCCAGAAGUACAGACUGAGCAAGAAUCUGCAUGGACAAAGUAGCAAUGUAACACACAAAAUCACAACAAAUGCAAGUGCCGUUAGCGGAGAAAGACUUUCUGAAGCAAAUGGAACUCACAAUCAUAUGAGCAAUCUAACCCUCGGGCCGCAGGCUAAUAAUAACAAAGAUUUACAUAUAAGCGACGCGUUGCAGAUGCAGAUUGAGGUGCAGAGAAGACUAAAUGAACAACUUGAGGUUCAAAGACACUUACAGCUCCGAAUAGAGGCCCAAGGGAAAUACCUGCAGGCUGUGCUUGAGAAAGCUCAGGAGACGCUUGGCAGACAGAAUUCGGGAGUAGUGGGUCUUGAAGCUGCCAAAGUCCAACUCUCAGAACUAGUGUCCAAAGUAUCCUCUCAAUGUCUGAGUUCUACUUUUUCAGAGCUGAAGGAACUAAAUGCAUUUUGCCCCCAGAUCAACACACGAACCAACCAACAUAAUGACUGCUCAAUGGACAGUAGCCUCACAUCCUGCGAGGGAUCUCAAAGGGAUCAGGAGAUGCCAAUUGCUGGCAUGUGCUUAACGAGACCUUUUAAUGGCCACACCUUCAUGGAACCAAAUAAGGACGCCGAAGCAAAAAAGAAUAAUAAUUUUCUAAACCCUCUGAGCAAGAAUAUAUCAGAAAGAAGUACUGGCAACUUAACAAUGAGCAUUGGAGUUGAAGGAGAAACGAGAAAUGGAAGCAGCAUCUAUCCUGAGAGAAUAAUAAUGGGGAGGGAAUCAGAUAAUGAGUUCCAGCACCGAAGCACCAAUAAUAGAACAGAAGGGAUGGAAUUAGCAGUGGACGAAAAAGUUUCCGGAGAUUAUAGAUUGCCUUACUUUGCUACACCAAGAUUAGACCUUAACACCCGCCAAGAAAACGAAGGUGCAGCCAGUUGUAAACAACUGGACCUGAAUGGAUUCAGUUGGAACUGAUCGAUCAGCCCUUACAAUUCGACGUGCAUGGAGCAUGCAGAUGCAGCAGAAGAAGCGUAUGCAGAAAACAAUUGUGCAGAAAAUUUUGGAUUGUUUGUAUUAUUACCAUAUCAGUUUCAGAUUCUCUCUCAGCACAAUUGGCUAUAGAUGAGUAAAUUAUUUUAGAAAAAAAUGAAAUAAGUUGAAGCAACCGCUCAGCAAAAAUGCAGAUAUGAUCCAAGCUUGUUCAGAGUUCAAGACGUGGGCAAGCAGGAAUAUUUGACGUACUUGUAAGUUGUAACCUGAAUUUGCUGAUCAUGUUAGUUGAAUCAGAAAUGAAAUCAACAAUAAUCGAAAUUUGUCACAAA